GGGCUGCAAUGCAAACCCCUUGCCUUGCCUUCCCUCCACUCCACGCACGCCAAUCCAAAGACGCCCUCCUCCGUCGCCGCGCCCUCCACCAUGCACACACACCUCUCCGCCCCACUGGCCACUGUACCACCUCCUCCUCCAUGCCAUUGCCACUAGAUCUACCACCGCCACCGCCACCAUAUCUAUCCCGUCCCGGAAACAUUCUGAACGCGGCAGCUAGCAUAGCAGCUGCAGAAAUCAUGGCCCCUACUUCCCCUCCUGCCAGCCUACUGCUGCUCCAGCGCCUGUUCCCGUUAACGCUGCUGCUGCUGCUGUUCAUUGGCGGCGCUCCAGCGACCGCGCGCGCCGCCGCCGACAUGCCGAUGCCGGUGAACGAGGAGGUGCUGGGGCUGGUGGUCUUCAAGAGCGCGCUCUCCGACCCGUCCGGCGCGCUGGCCACGUGGACCGAGUCUGACGCCACGCCCUGCGGCUGGCGCUGCGUCGAGUGCGACCCGGCCACCUCCCGGGUCCUCCGCCUCUCCCUCUCCGGCCUCGCGCUAUCCGGCCCCAUGCCGCGCGGCCUCGACCGCCUCCCCGCGCUCCAGGAGCUCAACCUCGCCCGCAACAACCUCUCCGGCCCGCUCCCGCCGGGCCUCUCCCUGCUCACCUCCCUCCGCUCGCUCGACCUCUCCUACAACGCCUUCUCCGGCCCGCUCCCCGGCGACGUCGCGCUCCUCGCCUCCCUGCGCUACCUCGACCUCACCGCCAACGCCUUCUCCGGCCCGCUCCCGCCCGCGUUCCCGCCGGCCAUCCGCUUCCUCAUGCUGUCCGGCAACCAGUUCUCCGGCCCGAUCCCGGAGGGCCUGCCCAGGAGCCCGCUGCUGCUCCACCUCAACCUGUCCGGCAACCAGCUCUCCGGCUCGCCAGACUUCGCCGGCGCGCUCUGGCCGCUCGAGCGCCUGCGCACGCUCGACCUGUCGCGCAACCAGUUCUCCGGCCCCGUCGCCGACGGCAUCGCCAGGCUCCACAACCUCAAGACCCUCAGCCUCAGCGGCAACAGGUUCUUCGGCGCCGUCCCGCAGGACAUCGGCCGGUGCCCGCACCUCAGCACCCUCGAUCUGAGCUCCAACGCGUUCGACGGCCACCUCCCGGACUCCAUCGCCCAGCUCGGCUCGCUGGUCUACCUCGCCGCGUCCGGCAACCGGCUCUCCGGCGACGUCCCCGCCUGGCUUGGCAAGCUGGCCGCGGUGCAGCACCUGGAUUUGUCCGACAACGCGCUCACCGGAACGUUGCCGGACUCGCUCGGCGACCUCAAGGCGCUCAGGUACCUGAGCCUAUCCAGGAACCAGCUCUCCGGCUCCGUCCCGGCCUCCUUGUCCGGGUGCGCCAAGCUCGCCGAGCUGCACCUGCGGGGCAACAGCCUCAGCGGCAGCAUCCCCGACGCGCUGUUCGACGUCGGGCUCGAGACGCUCGACAUGUCGUCCAACGCGCUGUCGGGCGCCCUGCCGUCCGGCUCCACGACGAUGGCGGAGACCCUGCAGUGGCUGGACCUCUCCGGCAACCAGCUGACCGGCGGCAUCCCUGCGGAGAUGCUGCUCUUCUUCAAGCUCCGGUACCUGAACCUGUCCCGCAACGACCUCCGCACGCAGCUUCCGCCGGAGCUCGGCCUGCUCCGCAACCUGACGGUGCUCGACCUGCGUAGCACCGGCUUGUACGGGGCGAUGCCCGCCGACCUCUGCGGGUCCGGGAGCCUCAUCGCCGUGCUCCAGCUCGACGGCAACUCUCUCGGUGGCCCCAUCCCCGACAGCAUCGGGAAUUGUUCGUCACUGUACCUGCUGAGCUUGGGGCACAACGGGUUGACGGGGCCGAUCCCGGCGGGCAUUUCGGAGCUGAAGAAGCUGGAGAUCCUGCGGCUGGAGUACAACAAGCUGAGCGGCGAGAUCCCGCCGCAGCUGGGCGCGCUGGAGAGCCUCCUGGCCGUGAACAUCUCGCACAACCGGCUGGUGGGGCGGCUGCCGGCGUCGGGCGUGUUCCAGAGCCUGGACACGAGCGCGCUGGAGGGCAACCUGGGCCUCUGCAGCCCGGUAGUGACGGAGCCGUGCAGGAUGAACGUGCCCAAGCCGCUGGUGCUGGACCCCAACGCGUACGCGCACGGCGGCGGCGACAACAACCUCGAGACCAACGGCGCGGGGCUGCCGAGGAAGCGCCGGGUCCUAAGCGUGUCCGCCAUGGUGGCCAUCUGCGCGGCGCUCGUGAUCAUCCUCGGCGUCAUCGUCAUCACCUUGCUCAACAUGUCGGCCCGGCGGAGGGCCCAGGAGGCGGCCGAGCAGCAGCAGCAGCAGCAGCAGCACAAGGAGCUGGAGAGCAUCGUCACCAGCAGCAGCUCGACCAAUAACAAUAAGUCAUCGUCGUCGCCGUCGUCCGGCAAUAAGCUCGCCGCCGGCAAGGUGGUGACGUUCGGGCCAGGAAGCAGCCUUCGGUCCGAGGACCUGGUCGCCGGCGCCGACGCGCUGCUGAGCAGGGCGACGGAGAUCGGGCGCGGCGCGUUCGGGACGGUGUACCGCGCGUCGGUCGGGCAAGGGCGGGUGGUGGCGAUCAGGAAGCUAGCGGCGGCGAGCAUCGUCAAGUCCCGCGACGACUUCGACCGAGAGGUGCGCGUGCUGGGCAAGGCGAAGCACCCCAACCUGCUGCCGCUGAGGGGCUACUACUGGACGCCGCAGCUGCAGCUGCUCAUCACCGACUACGCGGCGCACGGCAGCCUGGAGGCGCGGCUCCACGGCGGCGGGCGUGCGCCGCCGCUGACGUGGGAGGAGCGGUUCCGGGUGGUGGCCGGCACGGCCCGCGGGCUGGCGCACCUGCACCAGGCGUUCCGGCCGCCGCUGAUCCACUACAACGUGAAGCCGAGCAACAUCUUCCUGGACGAGCGGUGCAACCCGGUGGUGGGCGACUUCGGGCUGGCGCGGCUGCUGCUCAAGCCCAACAAGCAGGCGGCGGAGCACCAGUUCCAGGGGUACGUGGCGCCGGAGCUGGCGUGCCAGAGCCUGCGGGUCAACGAGAAGUGCGACAUCUACGGGCUGGGCGUGCUCAUCCUGGAGCUGGUGACGGGGCGGCGGGCGGUGGAGUACGGGGAGGACGACGUGGUGGUGCUGCAGGACCAGGUGCGGGUGCUGCUGGAGCACGGCAACGCGCUCGAGUGCGCCGACCCCGGGAUGGCCGGCGACUUCCCGGAGGACGAGCUGCUGCCGCUGCUCAAGCUGGGCAUGGUGUGCACGUCGCAGAUCCCCUCCAACCGCCCGUCCAUGGCGGAGGUGGUCCAGAUCCUGCAGGUCAUCAAGGCCCCCGUCCCCGCCCGUGGGGGUGGGGCGCCCGCCUUCUGAAUUUCUCAUGGCGUGGAUUUCUCUGAUCGAUUCUCAGUUUCUGACACCGUACCGUACGUCGUCGUCUCCAUCGUCCCUUCAUUCUUCCUCACUUUUUCGAUUGGCAACGGCAUCUGGGUCGGUCGCCGGCAGUGGCACGGCAGACUGCAACAAGCACUACUCAUGUGCAUCAUCCUAGAUUGGUAGCUAGCUCCAUCAGUAGUAUUCUCUCCUUUGUCACGCUCACCUCGACUUGUACUGCACCGUGCCAAUUUUUCCAGCCUUGGUUUCGCUUUCGGAUGUCACACAUCGUCACGCCUUCUUUUUCUUCUUCUUUCCACUGCACUGCACUGUGCUGUGUCGCCACCACAUGCACAUGCACUUACCUGUUUUUUUCUUCUUUCUUUUUCAACUGCAAGUGUAGUGAAAUGAAGACAAGAGAUAACAGAUAUCCAUUGGCACACAGUGCUCUGUCC